GGCGCGGCCGCUCUGGGCGGGGGAGGGUUUGAUCUCGCUGCUCGCGAGUCCGCCCGGCCCCUCCGCUUCCGGUUCCGCCGCCGCCCCCGCAGCGGUGUUUUAAGGAACUGGAACCAUGACGGACUCCAAAUACUUCACGACCAAUAAAAAAGGAGAGAUUUUUGAACUGAAGGCUGAACUCAACAAUGAAAAGAAAGAGAAGAGGAAAGAAGCUGUCAAGAAGGUUAUUGCAGCCAUGACUGUGGGGAAGGAUGUCAGCUCUCUGUUCCCUGAUGUUGUCAACUGCAUGCAGACUGACAACCUGGAGCUGAAGAAGCUGGUCUACCUGUACCUGAUGAACUAUGCCAAAAGCCAGCCAGACAUGGCCAUCAUGGCUGUCAACAGCUUUGUGAAGGACUGCGAGGACCCAAACCCGCUGAUCCGGGCGCUGGCCGUGCGCACCAUGGGCUGCAUCCGCGUGGACAAGAUCACCGAGUACCUGUGCGAGCCCCUGCGCAAGUGCCUCAAGGACGAGGACCCCUACGUGAGGAAAACCGCCGCCGUCUGCGUGGCCAAGCUGCACGACAUCAACGCCCAGAUGGUGGAGGACCAGGGCUUCCUGGAUUCCCUGCGGGACCUGAUUGCAGACUCCAAUCCCAUGGUGGUGGCGAACGCCGUGGCCGCCCUGUCGGAGAUCAGCGAGUCCCACCCCAACAGCAACCUGCUGGAUCUGAACCCUCAGAACAUCAACAAGCUGCUGACAGCUUUAAACGAGUGCACGGAGUGGGGCCAGAUCUUCAUCCUGGACUGCCUGUCCAACUACAACCCCAAGGAUGACCGGGAAGCUCAGAGCAUCUGUGAGCGGGUGACCCCCCGGCUGUCUCACGCCAACUCGGCAGUGGUGCUGUCAGCAGUGAAGGUCCUGAUGAAGUUCCUGGAGCUCCUUCCCAAGGACUCUGACUAUUACAACAUGCUGCUGAAGAAACUGGCCCCUCCUCUGGUGACCCUGCUGUCUGGAGAGCCUGAAGUUCAGUAUGUUGCCCUGAGGAACAUCAACUUGAUUGUGCAGAAGAGGCCUGAAAUCCUGAAGCAGGAGAUCAAAGUGUUCUUUGUGAAGUACAACGACCCCAUCUACGUCAAACUGGAGAAACUGGACAUCAUGAUCCGCCUGGCCUCCCAAGCAAACAUUGCCCAGGUCCUGGCAGAGCUGAAGGAAUACGCCACCGAGGUGGACGUGGACUUCGUGCGCAAGGCCGUGCGUGCCAUCGGCCGCUGUGCCAUCAAGGUGGAGCAAUCUGCAGAGCGCUGUGUGAGCACACUGCUGGACCUCAUCCAGACCAAGGUCAACUACGUGGUGCAGGAGGCCAUCGUGGUCAUCAGGGACAUCUUCCGCAAGUACCCCAACAAGUACGAGAGCAUCAUUGCCACUCUGUGUGAGAACCUGGAUUCCCUGGAUGAGCCAGAUGCCAGAGCUGCCAUGAUCUGGAUCGUGGGUGAAUAUGCUGAAAGAAUUGACAAUGCAGAUGAGCUGCUGGAGAGUUUCCUGGAGGGUUUCCAUGAUGAAAGUACCCAGGUGCAGCUCACCCUCCUGACGGCGAUAGUGAAGCUGUUCUUGAAAAAGCCUUCUGAGACACAGGAGCUGGUGCAGCAGGUCCUCAGCCUGGCCACGCAGGAUUCUGACAACCCAGACCUGCGGGAUCGCGGCUACAUCUACUGGCGCCUGCUUUCCACGGAUCCAGUGACUGCCAAGGAAGUGGUGCUCUCAGAAAAGCCACUCAUCUCUGAGGAGACUGAUCUGAUUGAGCCAACCCUGCUGGAUGAGCUCAUCUGCCACAUUGGGUCUCUGGCUUCUGUGUACCACAAACCCCCCAACGCUUUCGUGGAGGGGAGCCACGGCAUCCACCGCAAGCACCUGCCCAUCCACCACGGCAGCACUGAUGCUGGUGACAGCCCCGUGGGCACCACGACCAUCACAAACCUGGAGCAGCCACAGGUCAUCCCAACCCAGGGUGACCUCCUGGGGGACCUCCUCAACCUGGACCUGGGGCCCCCUGUGAAUGUGCCCCAAGUGACCCCCAUGCAAAUGGGUGCUGUGGACCUCCUGGGAGGAGGACUGGACAGCUUGCUUGGCAGUGACCUUGGCGGGGGCAUUGGAGGAAGCCCGGCAGUGGGACAGACUUACAUUCCCACCUGUGUGCCAACCACCUUUGCCCCUUCUCCCACCCCGGCAGUGGUCACCGCUGGACUCAACGAUCUCUUCGAGCUCUCGGCUGGCAUAGGGAUGGCUCCUGGAGGAUAUGUGGCUCCCAAGUCUGUUUGGCUGCCUGCAGUGAAGGCUAAAGGAUUGGAGAUCUCAGGCACAUUCAGCCACAGGCAGGGACACAUCUACAUGGAGAUGAACUUUACCAAUAAGGCUUUGCAGCACAUGACUGACUUUGCCAUUCAGUUCAAUAAAAACAGCUUUGGGGUCAUCCCAAGCACCCCCCUGGCCAUUCACACACCUCUGAUGCCAAACCAAAGUAUUGAUGUCUCCCUGCCCCUCAACACUCUGGGACCAGUCAUGAAAAUGGAGCCUCUGAACAACCUCCAGGUGGCUGUGAAGAACAACAUUGAUGUAUUUUACUUCAGCUGCCUAAUCCCUCUCAACGUGCUUUUCGUAGAGGAUGGCAAAAUGGAGCGCCAGGUCUUCCUUGCAACAUGGAAGGAUAUUCCAAACGAAAAUGAGCUUCAAUUCCAGAUUAAAGAAUGUCACCUGAAUGCUGACACUGUCUCCAGCAAGCUGCAGAACAACAAUGUCUACACCAUUGCCAAGAGGAACGUGGAGGGGCAGGACAUGCUCUACCAGUCCCUCAAACUCACCAACGGCAUCUGGAUCCUGGCGGAGCUGCGCAUCCAGCCCGGGAACCCCAACUACACGCUCUCCCUGAAAUGCCGAGCUCCAGAAGUGUCCCAGUACAUCUACCAGGCCUACGAUGCCAUCUUGAAAAACUAACAGGAGAUGGAGCCUGUGCCUCACCCUGCAGAAGGAGGGGGGAAAAAGGGGUCCCCAGAGCCUCCUUCACCGCCAGCGCGGGGGAAAAGCACUCGUAACUGGAAGCAGCUGUAUUCAUGUGUAGGAUUUCAGUCAAAGGCACUGAUUAAACAAGGUAGCAAUUAGUAUCCACGUGCUAACGAUGAUAGGGAACAAACCCCUUUGGUAUUUUUAGCGUCCAUGGAGUUUGUAACCACUGCUUCAAACUACUCCCGUGUCCCCCUCGCCCCUCACUCAUCCGUUCUCGUGGGCUUCUCUCCAUUUUGUGCCAAUGUUCAGUGUUUUCUAAAUGGCUUUAGGUGUAGUUUGGAUUUUGUAAAAUAACCGCUCAUUGGAAAAACAGAAAAACGCCGAGCAAAAACCACACGUCCGCUCAUUAAAACAAGGCAAAAGUGUCGAAAACGUAA